AUGGCCCGAAGAACUCAAAGGACCAACCCACCUGAGGACGUGACCGAUCACCGUUUCUUACAAUUUCCUCAAACUCUGAACGAUGCAACCCGGGCACGAUAUGUCAACAAUUUGAGUUUGCUGCUUACUAAGGAGAUCGACAUAGGACCUUCAUUUGACUGGGAAUUGGCGACCCAGAAUGGACUUGCUGUGUUGAUUCAGGAUUUUUUGCAAUACACGCACUCGGACGCGAGUAGAGUGCCUUUGUUCGUAUGUCAGGAAUGGGCACGAUUGUUCAGGAUCCAGGCGCCUGUUUAUUGGGAAUUUUUGCUGGUGUUUUACGCUACAGUUUCCUAUGAACCUAGGAAGGCACCCGAUGAUAGGACAACUUUUUCCUUCAGACUUGGGGGUGUGAGCCAGGAGUGCUGUGUCAUAGAGCUGGCGACUCGAGUGGGGAUAUACACAACAGAUGAGACGAGGAGUGUCCACUUCCCGGUAUUCCUUGCUGAUUGUCUCACGGACCGGCCAAAUGACUAUAACGAAAACACUUUUUGGGCCGAGAUUACAGGGGGAGUAUACACGCCAUAUACUGCACGGGGGAGGAUGAUUUGA